GUUCGACUCGACUCGAUCUAAGGACAAUGCACUAAACAAUAUUGCUGUCGCUGUCAUCGUCAUUCAUUUGUUAGCCUCAGUAGUGUUUGUGUGGAGUGUUAGAAAGAAAUACAAAAAUUAUCAAAUAUUUUCCGCCUGCAAUAACAUGAUUUAUGCAGGCAGAAACAAAUUUGAGUCACUUGGCACAUCGGGAAAUACAGAAGAUGGUAGAGAACUAGAUGGAGACAGUUCAGACGCUCGGCAUUGGUGGCAGAAUAAAAAAAACGCCAGAAAAUCGAAUAGGAUUAGUUCUAGCCCUUGCACUGUUGGCGUAGAAACAGUAAAACAACAGUUGAACAAGGUGUUUGUAGAAGAUGAGGCACCAAUUAACAGAAAGUUGCCAAAAGAAUUACUUCUGCGUAUCUUUUCCUAUUUAGACGUGGUAUCCCUUUGUCGAUGUGCUCAAGUCUCGAAGGCAUGGAAUAUUCUAGCUUUGGAUGGUUCGAAUUGGCAACGAAUUGAUUUAUUCGAUUUUCAAAAGGAUGUAGAGGGCCCCAUAAUUGAAAACAUAUCUCGGCGAUGUGGUGGGUUUCUACGACAACUUUCUCUACGUGGCUGCCAGUCCAUAGCCGAUGGCUCAAUGAAAACUCUAGCUCAAUUGUGCCCCAACGUCGAAGAUCUGAACCUGAAUGGCUGCAAGAAACUCACAGAUUCCACUUGCAAUGCUUUCUCUCGACACUGCCCUAAACUACAGAAACUCAACCUCGACAGUUGUGCUUCAAUAAGCGACAAUUCCCUAAAGGCAUUGAGUGAUGGCUGUCCUAACCUGACACAUAUUAAUAUCAGUUGGUGCAGUAACAUAACAGAAAAUGGUGUUGAGGCCUUGGCUAGAGGUUGUUGCAAGUUAAAAAGUUUUAUCAGCAAGGGAUGCAAACAAAUAACAUCCAGGGCUGUGAUUUGUUUGGCGAGGUUCUGUGGCCAGCUCGAAGUGGUUAAUUUGCACGGGUGCAGUAAUUGCAGAUAUUUGGAAAAAAUGGAUUUGGACGAGUGUGUUCUGAUCACUGAUGCUACUUUAAUUCAUUUGGCAAUGGGUUGUCCUCGGAUUGAAUACUUGACUUUAUCUCAUUGUGAGCUCAUAACAGACGAAGGAAUAAGACACCUAUCAAUGUCACCCUGUGCUGCUGAAAAUUUAACGGUUCUUGAACUGGAUAACUGUCCACUGAUUACUGAUGCCUCGUUGGAACACCUCACUUCUUGUCACAAUUUGCAACGGGUUGAACUUUAUGACUGUCAGCUCAUCACCAGAAAUGGAAUAAGGAGACUUAGGAAUCACUUACCAAAUAUAAAAGUACAUGCCUACUUUGCACCCAUCACACCCCCACCAACUGGAGCAGGCAGUCGUCAGAGGUACUGCAGGUGUUGUGUUAUACUAUGAGGAAACUGCCCCUCUGGAUCCCAAGGCCAUGAUACGCCAUCUUCGUAAUGCUAUGUGUUCAUCGAGCUUCUCAUAGUAAUUGUAGUUGGAUUGGUGCAAGGCAUUUUUAUAAUACUAGUCAAGCUUAACAUCUUGUGACAUCGACGGAGUAAGUCAUUAAAAAUGGAACCAAGAAAGUGUUGGUUGAGAUAUCGAUUUGAAAAUGUGAAUUAUAUUUAUUCAUUGGUAUUUUUUCAGAAAAUCACAAGAUGGUAUAAAAAAAUGUGUGAAAAGUGAGUCCCAAUAAUGAAGUUUAAUGAAAAAAGAAAAAUAACACUUCACUUUAUCUAAGAAGUAUUAAAAAAAUCAACUCGAGUCAUUUUUUCAGUGUCUCUUCAAACAAUGAAUUUUGAGUAAUUUUGGGGUUAUUUUUGAGACGACAUUCUAGCAACACCUUCAAUUUUAAUUAAUUCUUGCUCCCUUUUGUAUAAUUCUGACGAUGUGUUUUUAAUACUCUCAACGAGAAAAUUUAAUGUUUCAAAACUAUUUUUUAAUUUCAAGACAAUUUUUACAGUUUUGUGUUUUUACAUUAUUAGUAAUAAAUGUCUAUAUUUUUAUCAGGGUAUGUAAAUCGAAGAAAACAUACCAACAUAUUUUUCAACUCAUACAAAUAACGAAGUUUAAUGAUUGACAAUACACAUGUCACUCAUUUUUCCUAUCAGUUGAAGUUGAAGUGUUUGCAUAUAAUGUACACCUCGAAUUUGAGGCUGAAUUAACAUUUUUCGAAUGAACUCAAUUUUCCUAAAUUUGUUUCACUGAACAGAAAAUAACCACAAUUUCACUCAUUUGAGGAAAUUACGAUUUCAAAGAUUAUUUCAAAACUGUCUAAUUCUUUUCAAUGAAUAAUUUUAUCUAUAACUAAAAUAAACUAGCAAAGAAGCAGAUAUAUUGAAUAAUUUUCGAUUCGAAUUAUUUGUUCCAUCUCUUUAAAUCUCUUCAAAUGAUUUCUUAAGUAAUUCAUUUUGCAGUAUCAACAGUUUUCAAUGACUGAAAAUCAUCUUAAUCUUUUAGAUUUUUUUUAUUAUAAUUUUUUUUAUUCUUCUUAGCAAUCAAAUUCGAAAACUAUUUGAAAAAUAUUUUUACCAUACCAUUUUCACAUUUUAUUGUUUUCAGUAAACGUUGAAAAGUGUGGAAAAAAAUGAAUAUGUAAAAAACCAUGCAUUAGUAAAAUGUGCAAAAACUUGUUUCAAUUAACAGAUUCGUAGAUCUAGUUAAACAUAUUUAGUACAUCAGUGACAACAGUUCAUUGUGAAAGUUUUUGCAACAUUAAAACGAUUUAUUGAAAACGAAAUGGGGGCCAUAGGGGGCUAUUUCAUUCAAGUAUAAAACUGAAUUAUGAAAAUUAUUAUAUAUCCAUUAUAUAGAGGCCUUUUAACAAGUUGUCAGAACUUUAAUCAAUUCAGUAAAUUAUUUGUGUAAAUAAUUAUAAUAAUACUAUUA